GUAGGUCUCUGAUACAGAGCCUGUUUAUGCAGUGAGGUCAGUUCAGGUAUACUUUCAGCCGCUGUUUGCUAGGAGGACGUGUUCCGUGUUGACUGACAAUCAUCUUGCUAGAAGGAGUCGUCGUACUGGGCAACGGAAUCGCCGUGACCACGGCCGAACUACCGCUGACCCUCCGUCCUCUCCCCGCGGUGGAAACAUGGCACCACUGAGCCUUCUGGAAAAGGCUCAGGUAUGGCUCUUCAAGGCGGUAUUUGGAGUCCUCUUUGCGCUGUUUCGGCUCUUGUCCCCUCAGAGACCCGUUAUGUCCGGGAAGAAGCUCCCGCCCAUCAGCAACCCUCUGCUGUUCGUGUCAGCGACGCAGCUCGCCAAGAAGAUCCGGAGAAAAGAGGUGUCAAGUGUAGAGGUGGUGAGGGCUUACAUUGACAGGAUCCAAGAAGUCAACCCUUUUGUGAACGCAGUUACAAAAGACAGGUUCGAUGCUGCCCUCCAGGAGGCGACCCAGGUCGACAAGCUGAUUGAGGAGGAAACUGGAGGAGAAGAGGUGCUGGAGGACAGACUGCCUUUACUGGGAGUCCCACUCUCUGUCAAAGAGUCCUUCGCCCUCCAGGGCAUGCCCUACACUUCCGGUGUGGUCUCCAGGCGAGGAGUCGUGGCCACCGUGGACGCUCCUGUGGUGGCCCUACUGAAGAGAGCGGGGGCCAUCCCGAUCGGCGUCACCAACACCAGUGAGCUGUGUAUGUGGUUUGAGUCCCACAACCAUCUCCAUGGCAUCACCAACAACCCGUAUGACCUGGAGAGGAUACCAGGAGGGAGUUCAGGUGGGGAAGGCAGCAUACUGGGAGCAGCAGGCUCAGUCAUCGGAGUGGGCUCCGACAUCGGCGGCAGCAUCCGUAUGCCCUGUUUCUUUAAUGGAAUAUUUGGCCAUAAACCCACUCCUGGUGUCGUGUCCUGGGAGAACCAGUACCCUCCCUGCACUGGCAGACAUCAGGAGUACAUCAGCAAUGGUCCCAUGUGCCGCUACGCUGAGGACCUGCUGCCCAUGCUCGAGAUCAUGGCGGGACCCAAAGCUCACAUGUUUUCCUUAGACACAAAGGUUGACCUGAAGAAGUUGCGGUUCUUCACCAUCCCUCAUGAUGGCGGCUUUCCUCUGUCAUACCCCAUCAGCAAAGAGCUCAUGGACAUUCAGAGAAAGGUGGUGGAGCGUUUGGAGGCUGACCUCGGAGUGCAAGUCCAAGAAGUGUGUUUCCCAGAGCUCCGCUACAGCUUCCAGAUCUGGAACACCUACAUGGGUCUUACUGACAAAGAGGGAAAGCCUCCUCAGUCAUUUGCUGAGCUGAUGGGGGAACCAGGUCGACCCGUGUGGCCUCUAUGGGAGCUGCUGAAAUGGAUGAUGGGAAAAUCAGAGCAUACCAUGGCUGCUAUUGGUCUUUCCCUGCUGGAGAUGACCCAUGUGUCCAAACCCUCGCCCUUCAUCAUCCAGCAGAAGGAGAAGCUGCAGAAGGAAGUGGACGAGCUGCUGGGGACUGACGGUGUUAUUCUUUACCCCUCGCACCCCCGGGUGGCUCCCAAACACCACCACCCGCUCUUCAGACCUUUUGAUUUCGCCUACACAGGUAUAAUCAACAUCCUGGGGCUGCCGGUCACACAGUGCCCUCUGGGUCUGGGUGAGGAAGGUCUGCCUCUGGGUCUGCAGGUCGUUGCUGGCAAGCUGCAGGAUCACCUAACCCUCGAGAUGGCUCUCUACCUGGAGAAGACGUUCGGAGGCUGGCGGGACCCCGGGGCCAACUAAAACCACACGCUUACAAGCUGAAAGCGA